GAGAGUGGAUGGGAUAUUUAAAAAAAAAAAAAAAAUACAACAACAAGAACAACAAGAAGAAGAAACAACAACCCCGCCGUCCUCGCAGAGCAGCGCCGCCGGAGUAGUUUCGCUUCCUCCCCCGUCGAUAUUUGGAAGAGAGAGAGAAAAAAAAGCUCUUUUCCUCUCGAGCGGAGUGGCGACACCGGGGCUCCAGUUUGAGCUGCAUCGGCUGACUUGCCUCCAGACAGCCGUUUGGAGAACAUAAGGUGCCCCCCCCCCCCCCCACCGACCCCCCCCUAGACCCCCACCAGACCCCCACCAGACCGCCCCGACUGGCUCCUCGCACCGUUUGAAGAAUUGAGACCCGAUAGCGCGCGGAGCUUCGUUCCCGCGCUCCCAGUUCACGGUUUGCUGCCAUCGCACCAGUCCCCUAUCCUCCCUCGCCGACCUCCACCACCUCCACCAGCACCGCCUCCCCUCUCGCUUCACCCGCAGAUCCGCUCGACGGUGCCCGGCAGUCGGCACGAGGACGUCGGCGAGCCGCCCCGCGGAGAAGCAUGUCAUGACUCACGCCAGGCAGAAGGGUUCCCUCGGCGGUGCGGCCGAGCGGCGGGACAGCCGCCAUCUCUGGACGCAAGGCGGCGCCAUGGGCGACGCCGCGCCCGAGCGCUCGCUCCGAUUCGGGAGGACGAAGAAGAUAGCCGAGGUCAUCAGGAAAAGGAAAGUCGCGGCCAAGAGGGCCGGCGGCAAAAAGGGGAGGACGGAAAGGUCGGAUCAGAACAGAAAACUGGACCGGAGGCGCGACCACAAACGGGACAGGAAGUCGUACCCGCUGCGCGGGCGGCCUGCGGGGUCCGAGGAGGAGGAGGAGGAAGAGGAGGGGCUCAGCUGCCACGUGCUCCUCACCCGACUCGAGGAGAGCGUGCGAGAGCGGGAGGGUUCUGGAGAACGGGCGCCCGUCAGACCCAGGCCCAAAAAGUUGACAAGCAUCAAAAGGAAAGCGGCGAAGUCUUCACCAAAAACCGGACCGGAGUCGAGCAGCCGGGGCGGCGCGGAGUGUCUGGGUGUCCCGCCCCCCCGCAAGCGCAGGCUGGCGUCUCUCAACGCCGAGGCGGUGAACAGCCUGCUGCUCGAAAGAGCCACCGAGACCCAGGCGGCGGCCAAGCAGGCCAGGAGGCAGGCGGGGCCCCCCAACGCCGGGACGUCCCUGCACGCGAAUCCAGGCGGCCCCGCGGACGCGAAGGCCGCGCGACGGAACGCCGGUAAGACCCCCGCAUCUCGCGGACACGGGCGCCGCCAAAGCUCCGAGCGUGCGCAGAAGGCCGAGGCCAAUCGGGCUGCGGCGGCGGUGAGUCAGGAGAGCCUGGACGCCCCCGCCCCCCGGAGGUUGGCCGGACUCAACGCCGCGGCCCUGCUCAAGUUGACCAGCUCCUCCGCCACCAGCAAGCAGAGGGUGAAGAACGCGCCGGCGGCCACCGUCGCGUCGAAGCGGCCCACCCGGGUCAGACGCAAGGGGCGCCCGCAGGGCCAGAGGGGGGGGGAGGCGGCUCCCCCGCGCGGCGGCGGCUGCGCGGCCUGCGAGACGGAGGCGGACUUCCAGCCCGCGGCGGGGUGGGACACCCGGCGGCUGACCAAACCGGGCUACCAGUCCCGCGGCGUGCUGGCGUACCCGCUGAAGCCGGUGAAGGAGGAGCCGCUGGAGACGGACCUGAGCCCCUACUACUGCUGCCCCCCCGAGAGCUCGGUGGAGUACUGCCACCGCCUGGCCUUCUUCCUGGGGCAGCGGCCCUGCGGGGGGGCGUCGGCCGCGGCGCCGCCGCCGCCGCUCCCCUCGGCCGCGGCGCCCGUGAAGCGCGAGUGCCUGGUGACCUCGCCGCACGCCGCCCUCACCCUCAGCCCCCACCCGUGCCUCUGCACGGCCGAGCACUGCUUCUCCAGCUACUACGUCCACAUCGCCCACCCGGCGCGCGCCGGGACCACGUCGGCCGGCCUGGCCUCGCGGCCCCUGAACUUUGCACCCGCCGGCCUGUGCCCCGACCGGGUGGCGGCCCCCAAGCUGCUGGGGCCCCACCCGGCCUGCUGCUACGGCGAGGCCUGCGGGAUGGGGGGCUACGCCUGCAGAGCCAUGGCGCCCGUCGCCAGCAGGGGCUGUUCCUUCAGCGCCGGGUGCGCCGGGUGCACGCGCGGCAUCAAGACAGAGGGCUACUCCUCCCCUCAGGGCGACCACAGCCCCUUUCUCCUGCCCCUCCCCGCGCUGCCCCUCUCCAGCUGCCCUCUCUCCGCCGCGCCCUCCUCCACCCAGACUCGACCCCACCUGCUGACCCCCCUGUCGGGGCGAGACCGGCCCCAGGCCCGGUUGAAGCUGGCCAGCGAGUGCCCCCGGGGCAACGGGCCCGCCGCCGGCUCCCUGACGGUGGGGCGCGCGGGGCUGACCCACAAGCAGCAGCAGCAGCCGCCGCCACCCCCCCCGCCGAGCCUCGGCGCCGCCAAACAAAGGAGAGUCGGCCGCAGACGCGCCACCAACGGCUGGAGGCCCGUCGGCACGCCGACGGAGAGGGAGGUCUUCAUCGCGGGAGAGGACGAGACGGCCCCCCGGCAGUGUUACGAAGGGGUGGAGAGGGACGGCGAAGUGAUCCACAUCAGAGACACCGUGCUGCUGCGCUCGGGCCCCCGGAAGAAAUCCCUCCCUUAUGUCGCCAAGAUAUCGGCGCUGUGGGAGGACCCCAAAACGGGAGAGCUGAUGAUGAGUCUAUUCUGGUACUACCGACCCGAGCACACACAGGGGGGCCGAGACCCCAGCGCACACUGUGAGAACGAGAUCUUUGCCUCUCGGCAUCAGGACGAAAACAGCGUGGCCUGCAUCGAAGACCGAUGCUACGUUCUCCCACUGGCCCAGUACUGUAGAUUUUGUGCCUUGGUGAGGCGGCGUGCCGAAGGCGCCCCGCCCGGCAGCGCCAGCGUGGUGCCCUGCCGCCCCGACUUCGCCCCCCCCCUCCACCGCUGCGUGCCCACGGACGUCGACCCCGAGCUGGUGUACCUCUGCCGCCACGUCUACGACUUCCGCUUCGGGCGCAUCCUGAAGAACCUGCAGUAGGAGAGGAGGGCGGGGCCUGAAUCGACCGUGACGAAGCUCCUCCCCCUCCUGAGGGAGCUGAGGGACUACACCUGAGAUUGAAAAGGGGGGGGUUCACACUAUGAAGCACAGAUCCCUUUAUGUUGAUGUGAUGGAUGAGAUUCGGAUGAGGAUUCAUUCAUCAGCUGUGAUUUCUCUCAGCAAUCUGAGCUUUUUCUGCCUUCUCGAGGAAGCAGGUUCGGGGGGGCGGCGAGGGGGGGCGGCGAGGGGAGGGGGGGGCGUGAGAACGAGGGACGCGAGUGAUAACUGGAUAAAUGUGUGUGUGUGUGUGUGUGAGAUGUUGUUGUUGUUGUUUUUCCUUUUUGUUUUUUAAGGAGGCUUUUAGGCAAUCAAACCAAACAAGCUGCUUCGAGUCGAGAAACUCAACCCCGAGGAGGCUCCUCCCCCUUCCUCCCCCCUUUCCUCCCCCCCCCCCCCCACGCUGCUCCCUGUGACUUGCCUUACGACUCGCAGGUCGAGCUUCAGGCGUCAGGUGUGCCCGUAAUCCCGACGCCAUCGUGGACAAACCGAUUAUUGUUUUCAUUGCUGUGAAGUCGUUUCGUUUUGGGCGAAACGAAGAAAUUAUGAAAUUGCCUCGUAUGGUUUCGGGGAUGUUCAAGUAUCUUGUUUUGUUCACCCGACAGUCACCAAAGAUAUUCAGGUAAUCCACGUGCAUGAAAAGCAUCACACCUCCGGCGAGCCGAGCGAUGUUUGCCCUUUUAAAGCGGCGUGCGUUAUUUAGGGGGAUCUGCUCAUAAAGUGUUUUCCUUCAGAACCGACCCGACCAGGGAGGUGCGUCGGCUGACACGCCCCCUCCGACCGACUCCCAGCCGCCUCCACCCGUUCUAAUUCUACAUCCACACACAACUCCUCCCUCCCGCUCUCCUCCCAGCGAUGAUAAACCAAAGGAAGUCACUCGAGCCCCCUCGCCCCCCCCCUACACCCCCCGCCAGCACUUCUGCCCUCGUUCCCUUUAUUGUAUUGCACUAAUCCAUUCCUUAGUUACGUUCGUAUUUUUGUGUUCCAGCGACUAACAUCCUACAAGGGGGAACAUAGUGUGUAUCUUGUGUGUGUGUGUGUUGCGUAGUGAAGGAAACUCUAAGGAUGUCACGGCUGCUCUAUUUUGUCUUAUUUCUUGAAUAUAUACUGUACGUAUAAACAUGUAUGUGGAGGAAAGUAGCCCCGUGUUAGACGUGUAUUAGGAUUCUGAGGGGGGGGGGGGGGGGGGGUCGUGCAUUGAAAGUGUUCCGCUGUCGCUCAGACGCCCGUUUUGUGCGUCUUUCUGAAAAGGUAAAGAGUACCCGAUUGCUUCCCUGCGACGCUCUGAAUCCACAACGAGACAAAUCCAACCCUUUUUAUUUCACCCGACGCCCACAUUCUUCAAAGAGGCAAUAUAUAUAUUCUCCUACUUUACAAUUUCUCCUUAUUAGGAAUAUUUUAUUAUGUCUAUUUGCUAAGACGGCAUAUAUAAUAUAUUUUUAGACCUACUAUUUUUGGAAAAAAAACAAAUGGUUCAAAGAAAAGAAUGUGCAUUAUUUUUGAUUUGGUUUCAAAUUAGCGUGAAGCGAGAUCUGACCGAAUGACGAGGAGAGCGAAGGUCAUGUGACCCGAGGUGGUCUCUUCUGGUGCAUUUCGGACCCAGGAA